UUUUCCCUCUUGCAAACACCUCGUACAAGCAAAUCCCUAUAGCUGACGCUGAAAUACUUGUUUGGUGUGAUUAUUUUUCGAAUCCAUGGCGCCCAGAAAGAAGACAGGCAUGAAAGAUUUUUAUUCUCAAAAGAAGAAAACCUCGAGUAAACAGAAGAAGGCAGAGGCACCCGGGAAGUCACAGGUCAGAAGCUCUGCAGGUAAGAGACAAGGGGACACAUUACCUGCAACAUUUGACGAUGCCAGAGCUUCUUCUGGAACCCUAGGUUCCAGCAUUGUGCAGCCACUGGGCCUUAAAGCUUACGGCCGUGCGGAUUACCCAGAUGACUCUGAUGCAAAGGAAGAGAUCUUGCGGCAAUUUGAUAUGAACUUGACCUACGGACCAUGCCUUGGUGUUCCUAGGUUGGAACGAUGGGAGCGUGCUUCUAAACUUGGUCUGGAUCCUCCAAAGCAAAUCAAGGAACUUUUGGAAAAAGGUGGUGGUAUGCCUGAUUGCCUAUGGGAGGGGUGUGUUUAAAACUUUAACUUAACAUAUUGAUUGUCAAGCUUCAAUAUGUAGCUAUUGUGUAUUAUGAAGCUUGACUGAACUUAGGGUAUACUAGUAAAGCUUUGAACACCUGAAACAUAUAGCUUUUUGAUAUGUUUCAUUUACCUAAUGUGAAAUGUACAGAAAUUCUGACAGUUAAUUUAUACACUGAAUAAAAUGAAAAAUUGAUCUUAA